AGUGCAUAGAGGCGUUUCUCCAAGCACAAGGCAUCUUAUCUUCAUCCCGUUCAGCAGGGCAGGAUGCUACGGCCAGCGGCUGCCGCCGUUUAUCCGUCAUCCUACCACGCCCCACCGCCGCGAUUCCCAGCAUUUCCGUCCGGACGACGCUCGGCCGCCAUAGCCGUCCGGUGCGUGAACCGCGACGCGCCCGAUACCUCGAAGGCGAAGCUGAAGGUCGGCUCGCCGAUCGUCAUCACCGAGGAACCGCCCAUGCUCAAGACCGCCGCGUCGGUGCCGUCGCUCCGGCAGAACGCCGGCCGCGUCAAGCCCGGCGACGUCGGGAGGAUAAUGGCGCGGAAGCCGAAGGACGUCUGGGCCGUGCGGCUCGCCGUCGGCACGUACCUGCUGGACGGGAAGCACUUCAAGCCCCUGGAGGUCGUCGAGGACGAAGGCGGCGACGAUCAACCCCAGGAUGAAUGAGCAUCAGAUCCAGCAACAAUCAGCAAAACAUUCUUACAUGUUAGUAUGGUGCACAAACUGCAAUGAAUGGAUUCAGGAACCAGGAUGCCCAUUUCGGUUUUCCCGAUAAAAUAGUUGGAGCACGCCAAACACAAACGAAUAGGGGCUUUGCCUGGUUGAACAUAGGUACAGCCUAGAAGAGUGUGAAUCGGUCACAGAACUAUACAGAUUGCAGACACAGAAAAAUAGUAUCGUUAGGCCGUGGAGAUCUUGGGUGUCUGGUCGUGCUCAAGAGUUACUUCUUCCAUGGCUGUUUAAUCCCGAUCACGGUGCAAACCGAUAUCAGCAGAAGGAUCCGGAGAAUGAUGAUGGCGUAGCACAUCCAUUGUCAGGUCGAUCUUGGGUGGGUGCCUUCUGGAGAGCAUCCACACCUUGCUGUAUGUGGUCGGCAGCAUGUGAAACCUUGGAAAAACAUGGUGCGAACA